CGUCGCGACGUAUUCAACGUUUUAUAAACAGUGUUUUUCUGUCUCGUCUUAUUCAAGACAAAGUUCAAUCGCCGUGUGCGUUUGCCGGACGAUAAGAAACAACAAAAAUCACAGAUUUUCAAUACGGAAAUUCGUUGACUCAUAGAUCAUGUUUGAUACCACGCUUUUAUAGCGGCAUUUAGUGGAAUACAGUGAAUGGUGUGUGUGUGUGUUUUCUUUUUUGACUAUUGAAAGUGAAACCCGAAUUUUGGUUGGGUCACCAAAGAGCAAACAUACCGAACAGAAAAGGAAAAAAAAACGCUGUAACAAAUUUGAAAGCGGAAUAAACACAUCGGUCUAUUGCAUACACAAAAACAAAAAUAAACGGUAGAGAAGCGAAUAAUUCCCAGUGCGAGAGAGUAAAUUCGAUAAACAGUUCGUCGUUCAGUUCGGUAAGAGUUUGAACAAAAGUCAUACAUUACUACGCCAAUUGGCGAUUCGAACGGCACCGAAAAAAUGGCAGAAACAACUGAUAGCAAAUCGACCAGCAAAUCUACAAAUAAAAAUGCAGCCACAUCGGUUUUGGCACGAAAUAAUGGCACUGGCAAGGAGAUCAAAAGCAUCAUUCCAAGAGAAAGAGAGAAGGUUCUAAAGUGGAACGGUUGGGGCUAUAAUGAUUCUAAAUUUGCGGUGACCAAUGAUUUUAUGAUCUACUUUUCGGGCGAUCGAUAUCCCAUUGGCAAUCUUUUGCUGCCUUACUUCAAGCAAUGGGUACAGCAAAUAUUCAAUUUAGAUUUUACAUCGAGACGCGUACCAAAACCCCUGCCAACGGUUUAUCCUGACCCAAUUCUCAACGAUACAUUUAUCAACGAUAUAAAAGCUGGAAAUAUUCUGUUUUCGGUCAAAGGAGUGGAUCGUUUGAUUCGAUCGCAUGGUCAAACACUGUACGAAAUCCAUAAUUUGCGGGAGGGUAUCAUCAAACGCAUUCCAGAUGUUGUUGUUUGGCCACAAUCCCAUGAUGAUGUGGUGACAAUUGUAAAUGCGGCCAAUUCCAGAAAUGUAACCAUAAUACCGUUUGGUGGUGGAACAUCUGUAUCCGGUUCAGUGACCUGUCCACAAAAUGAACAACGAUCAAUUGUUGCAUUGGACACAUCACAGAUGAAUCGAAUGCUGUGGCUGGACCGGCCAAAUAUGACGGCAUGCUUUGAAGCUGGAAUCAUUGGUCAAGAUUUGGAGCGAGAAUUGAAAGCGAUUGGGUUAACCGUUGGCCAUGAACCGGAUAGCUAUGAGUUUUCUUCACUCGGCGGUUGGGUUGCGACACGAGCAUCGGGCAUGAAAAAGAAUGUGUACGGCAACAUUGAAGAUUUAGUGGUGCAAUUGAAAAUGGUCACAACAAAAGGCGUUCUCGAACGAAAGUGCCUAGCACCGCGGCUAUCGUGUGGCCCAGAUUUCAAUCAAAUUAUUCUUGGAUCAGAAGGUACAUUGGGUGUCAUAACCGAGGUUGUGCUAAAAGUUAGUAAAAUGCCAACAGUACGGGCGUAUGGGUCACUAAUUUUUCCAUACUUUGAUUGUGGCGUCAAAUGCUUACGCGAAGUAGCGGCACGCAAAUGUCAACCGUCAAGUAUUCGCCUGAUUGAUAACGAUCAAUUUAAAUUCGGUCAAGCACUUAAGCCCAAAGCCACUCUCUUCGGCAGCGUCAUUGAGGGUAUGAAAAGAGCCUAUAUCACAAAGUUGAAAGGAUUUGACUUGAACAAAAUGUGCGUCGCAACGCUACUGUUCGAAGGCGACGAAAAAGAUGUGAAACGUCAACAGAAAUUAAUCAAUGAAAUUGCCGAUAAAUACGGCGGCCUUCCGGCCGGUGCGGUAAACGGUGAACGAGGCUACGUACUUACCUUUGUAAUUGCAUACAUUCGGGACCUGGCAUUAGAAUUUUAUAUUGUGGCUGAAUCGUUUGAAACGUCUGUUCCAUGGGACAAAUGUGCGCAAUUGUGUCGAAAUACGAAGCUGCGUGUCUCAAAGGAAUGUGAAAAACUCGGUGUAAAAUACUAUUUAAUAUCGUGCCGUGUGACACAAACCUAUGACGCGGGUGCCUGUGUUUAUUUCUACUUCGGUUUCAACUAUUCCGAAAUAAAAGAUCCCGUCGAAACCUAUGAGCACAUUGAAUCGGUGGCUCGAAUGGAGAUUCUAUUGAAUGGUGGCUCAAUUUCACAUCAUCACGGUGUUGGAAAGCUGCGUAGCCGAUGGUAUCCGCAAAGUGUGAGCAGUGUUGGUGUUGGCCUCUAUAAAUCGGCCAAACAAGAACUCGAUCCAAAGAAUAUAUUUGCGGCGGGCAAUUUAUUACCCAAUCCAAACGAUGUGGAACACAAACUGGAGCACAACAAGCCACAAUCAAAGUUGUAACAGCAUUCAAUUCGAAACCGGGUUCCAACAUAUACAUUCGUUAAUUUCAUUUGUAUGUGGUUUUCGUUUUCAUUCAUCAUUUCCAAGAGACUAGUGUAAAGUUACCAUAAGCAAAUGUUUAAGGGCAAUAUUUCUUAAACUCUUUUUUUUUCUUUUUCUUUAUUAAUUUUCCAAUUUCCAUCCAUUUCUAUCGCAAUGGUUCGAUUUCGUGUAAGUUUUAAGUUUUUAGGGAAUUUUUACUGCGGAAAAAAAAUGUAUGUCUUUUUAGUUGAUUAUUGAUACAGAAAUAAAAGAAAAAAAGAAGAAACAAAACAACAACAGAA